GCACGUGUGAAGCAGCGGAGUUUCUGUCUCCUCCAAUCAGGGCGCUGUCUCACUCAGCCCUGUCCAAUGGGAAUAGCGCGCGUGCAGGUGGCUGCGCUAUUAUCAGCGGGUCCCGCUUCACUCCUUGCCUAGAGCGAGUCAAUUUAUGGAAAGACAAGUCGACCCUUUAAUGGUUCCCAUCAAAACCACUAAAAACAUCAUCAGACCGGCCGACUUCCGCGAGGAUUCCUGCGGCGGAUGCAUGCAGCCUUCUCCCAGCUGACAUACUACGACCUAAACAAACACGCGGAGAGACAUUUUGGGAGUUUGACCGAGCUCUACACUUUCUAAGAGAAGAGAAGUUCGCUUUUGCUCAAGUUUUGCAACAUUUCAAGAGUCUGCUUCUUCCUCAUCCAGGAUACUUUUGCUGAAGGCGGCAGAAGUGGCCUGGCUCCUGAAUAUCAGUCCGCUCUGCGCCUUUAUUUACUGUUAUUAGCUUCCAGUUUUUAUCUAAACGAAUUUGGUGUUUCAUGCUCACAAAUGUUAGCGAUCGGGCAAAUGGAGGCUAACCGGCAGAGUGCUUUCGUCCUGGGCAGCACCCCUCUGGCGGCGUUGCACAACAUGACCGAGAUGAAGACGUCCCUAUUCCCGUAUGCGCUGCAGCAGAGCCCUGCGGGCUUCAAGGCGCCCCAGUUCUCCUGCCUCAACUCCCAUUUGCCCGGGGGGACCCCGCACGGAAUAAGUGACAUCCUGGGGAGACCCAUCAACGCGGCCGGACAGCUGCUCUCCGGGUUCCCCAGGAUAAACGGCCUGGCCACCACCGCAGCCGCCGCCGCAGCAGCGGGGAUGUACUUCGGCCCGGCUAUGUCGCGGUACCCGAAGCCCCUGGCCGAGCUUCCUGGGAGGGCGCCCAUCUUCUGGCCGGGGGUGAUGCAGGGCUCGCCCUGGAGGGACCCGCGGAUUCAUUGUCCUUCUCAAGCUAAUAUCAUGUUGGACAAGGACGGGAAGAAGAAACACUCCAGACCGACCUUUUCAGGGCAGCAAAUUUUUGCACUGGAAAAAACUUUCGAGCAGACUAAAUACCUGGCCGGCCCAGAGAGAGCCCGCCUGGCUUACUCUUUAGGAAUGACCGAGAGUCAAGUCAAGGUUUGGUUUCAGAACAGAAGAACCAAAUGGCGGAAGAGACACGCAGCAGAAAUGGCCACGGCCAAGAAGAAGCACGACUCUGAGACGGAGAAGAUGAAGGAGAGCUCGGAUAACGAGGACGACGACGAGUACAACAAACCGCUGGACCCCAAUUCAGACGAUGAGAAAAUCACAAGACUGUUGAAAAAGCACAAGGCCACCAACCUGGCGCUGAUCAGCCCCUGCAGUAACAGUUCGGACACCUUGUGAUGCCCACAGCUGGGGGGCCAACGUGGGGGGUCAACAGAGACUUGUCGCACUCUUUCUGACCCCUUUCCACCUGACACUAUACGAAUAUGCGCCUGAUGGGAUCGCAUUAUGCUCAGACAGAGCAAGAAAAUGCGUAAAAACCGAGUGCGUGCCAAGACGCACGAAAUACGCGCUCACCAAAACAGGCCAGAGACUCAUUUGGCUGCAUCCAAACUUACAGACACUGUAAACACGGAGAUAUAACUCCUGUCAGAACUGGACUUUAACAAGACCCAUGACAAGUUCAUGUCAGUUGAAGGGACAAAAAAAUAUUGGAAAUUGUUUUGGCGACGCAAAUCAGUUUGUACGCAUACAACUGGAGUUUUAACCACAGGUGUACAUGUAAAGAAAAUAUUAUAUACACACACAAUCCGGAUCAGUGUUGGGCUUAUUAGUGUGAGUCAUUACUUUUAUUCCACAAGUAAUGCUGCUCUGCUUUAUGUAAUUCAUGACACUUGGUACAUUAUUUCCCGCUCCACCUCUACCCAAGAUUAGCAGCUUCUGUCACCUUUACGAGCCAGGAAGGCCAUUCAUUUAGCUCUGAAUUAAUUGGUUUUGGUUUUCAGUACUCAUAUUAUAUCCAUCUUAAGAAAAAAUAUAUUAUUGCCAGUCUUUUUUCAUUCUUAAGCAAAGAGAGUGUACAUCCUUUUAGACAAUUCAGCCUUAAUCCAAUUUUGGUUUAAAGAAAAGCAACACAUUUUGUAUGUAGCUUUGAGAGCUGACUGUGAUAUUUUAAUAUGUUUAUUAGCAGCCAACUCUGAUCCGGAUCCCAGACGCAUGUUUAAAAUGGCAGGUGUAAACGGGGCCUGUGAUGCUUCUAAAGCUCAGUUUAACCAGGGUAUCCACUGUCCUAAAAGGCGAGAGAGUACAAUGUUUUAAGGCCGGGGGCGCAGGUUGGAGAUGAAUGAAUGAUUUGUGCUGUAGCCUAAAGAUGAAACAUGUACGUGAGAUUGUAUAUAUUUUUUACUGAAUAAGUUAUGUUAUUUCAACCAGUGGAAACGUGGCAGCCUUUCUCCCUCCGCAGCCCGGACGCGCUUAUUCCCUCUCAGAUAAACCUGCUGCUUUGUUUUUAUUCCUGCAGAGUAAUGUCGGCCCCUUUUCUCCACGUUUUACAAAUGUCAAUUCAGUACCGGCAACACAAAUGUAUAGACGUAAAAUGCUGUAAAUAAUCACUGUAAGGACAGCUUGUGUUAACGACAUCACAGUACACACGUUUCUUUUGUUUUCCCUCAUCACACAGCGGAAUAGAAAACUGGACCAUCGUUUAUGUUGGAAUUAAAGAGAGUAUUAUUGCUUCCGGGAAGGUUAUAGGAAGAAAAAAAAACACUUUGUAUUAUGAAUAAAUUAUUUAACAAGCA